AUGCAACUUCUCAACGUCCACACCUUGCGCUUGACGACUUUCUACGAUCAAGAUGUCCCACGUUAUGCUAUUUUGUCACAUACAUGGGAAGACGAAGAGAUUCUUUACGGAGAUAUUUGCGACCCAGAGAAGCCUUUUCCACAACACAAGAAAGGAUUCUUCAAGGUCAAGCACAGCUGUGAGCAAGCUGCUUGCGACGAGUUUGACUGGAUCUGGAUCGACACCUGCUGUAUCGACAAAAGCAGCAGCGCUGAGCUUUCAGAAGCCAUUAACUCCAUGUUUCGAUGGUAUAAUGACUCUGCGGUCUGCUAUGCCUACAUUUCAGACGUCGUCAAGACAGAUGCGCAGUCUGUACGCUUCGUUGACAGCCGCUGGUUUACAAGAGGAUGGACACUACAAGAGUUGAUUGCUCCGAAGAGGGUGGUGUUCUUUGAUGCCAGGUGGGAAAGAAUAGGCUGGAGACAGCAUGAGUCACUGGCAAACGAAAUAGCCGAAGCCACUGGAAUACCUUCGGAUCUUUUGGAAAGAAGGAACACACAGUUACCUGGCACUGACCUACGGGCCAAAUUAGAUCGGUACAGCGUUGCGCAAAGGUUCUCCUGGGCAUCAAAAAGAUCAACCAAGCGGGUCGAGGACGAGGCGUAUUGCCUGCUUGGAAUCUUUGGUGUCAACAUGCCCUUACUCUACGGAGAGGGCCCCAAGGCUUUUUUUCGAUUUCAACAAGAGAUCUUGAGAACCACGGAUGACCAGUCCAUCCUCGCCUUUCAACAUACCAGCAACAGCAACAACCUGCUUGCGGAGUCUCCAAGAGACUACACAGUCUCUGGCGGAAUUGGGAGGCCCAGUUUCUUGAAUGAAAAUGAUCCGGGAUCUUCGGCAAAUUCCAUUUUAACGCCAUCUGCAAAAGUGCUCAAAAUGCGUCUAUAUCUUUGUCCUCCCCUGAGGCCUGACCUCAAAAGCCAGUAUCUUGGUGUUCUGUCUUGUGUCCUCCACUUACAUGGCGACACAAACCAGACAGUCUUUCCUGUCAUGGAUCUUGAACCUGUUCGUCAUUCGACAAAACCUAACGAAUUCUACCGUACUGCCAAUCAUCACUUGUCAAUUGUCACGCCA